AUGGACUCAACUUCAAAGCAAGGCAUCUCUAUGGGAAGAUCAUGCAAGGAAAGAUUAGCCAAGAAUGGUCCCUGGGAUUCUAAGCUGGGGGAACCUUGGGCAUUUGAUAUCAGGUGGGAAAGGCAGAAGGACAGCUGGAACAAACAGGCCAGGGAACUAGCAAUGAUUCACAGAAAAACUUCUACUGAGUUAAGUGCUCAGGAAUGUUAUACAUUUGUAAGAAGGUUUAGCCCAGAGUCAAUCCUUGUUCCACAACAGAAAGUUGCUGCAGGAAAAAUUCUCCAUGAAUAUGAUACACUUGAAAACAGCUUCAAACAGUUUUCUGACCUAAAUAAACAUAUUAAAGUCCCCUUAGGGAAGAAGCUUUGUAAAUAUAAUACAUGCAGGAAACCCUUCAGUUACCACUCUGACCUUAUUCAGUAUCAUAAAAUAUAUACUGGAGAGAAACCCUUUGAGUGCAGUGAAUGUGGGAAAGCCUUCAGCCAGAGGGGACACCUUAUUGAUCAUCAGAGAAUUCAUACUGGAGAGAAGCCCUUUGUCUGCACUGAAUGCGGGAAAGCUUUUAGUCUUAGGGUAUGCCUUACUCUACAUCAAAGAACUCAUACUGGGGAGAAACCCUAUAAAUGUAAUGAAUGUGGGAAAGCCUUCAGCCAGAGAGGGCACCGAACUGAACAUCAGAGAAUUCAUACUGGAGAGAAACCUUACAUCUGUAAUCAAUGUGGAAAAGCCUUUACCAAUAACUCCAUCCUACGGAAUCAUCAGAGAAUUCAUACUGGAGAGAAACCGUAUAAAUGCGAUGAAUGUGGGAAAACGUUCAACCAGAGAAGACCCCUUACAGAGCAUCAGAGAAUUCAUACUGGAGAGAAACCGUUUGAAUGUAAUGAAUGUGGGAAGGCUUUCAGUCGUAAGGUUUAUCUUACUUUACAUCAAAGAAUUCAUACUGGAGAGAAACCAUAUAAAUGUAAUGAAUGUGGAAAAACCUUUAGCCAAAGGGGAGCCCUUAAACAACAUCAAAGAAUUCAUACUGUUCACACUGGAGAGAAACCCUUUGAAUGUAAUGAAUGUGGGAAAGCCUUUAGCCAGCAUUCCAACCUUACUCUACAUGAGAGAAUUCAUACUGGGGAGAAACCCUUUGAAUGUAAUGUGUGUGGCAAAACUUUCAGCCAAUUUUGCCACCUGAUUGAACAUCAGAGAAUUCAUACUGGAGAGAAACCCUUUGAAUGUAAUGUGUGUGGGAAAGCCUUCAAUCACAAGUGGCAACUUACUGAACACCAGAGAAUUCAUACUGGGGAGAAACCCUUUGAAUGUAAUGAAUGUGGUAAACACUUCAGCCACAGGACAUCCUUUAUUAACCAUCAGAGGAUUCAUACUGGAGAGAAACCCUAUGAGUGUAAUGAAUGUGGGAAAGCUUUCAGCAACAAAUCAAGCCUUUGGAAUCAUAACAGAAUUCACACUGGAGAGAAACCCUUUGAGUGUAAUGAAUGUGGGAAAGCCUUCAGCCAGAGAGGACACCUUACUGCACAUCAGAAAAUUCAUACUGGAGAGAAACCAUUUCAUUGUAAUGAGUGUGGCAAGCACUUUAGCCACAAGACUUCCUUUAUUCAUCAUCAGAGAAUUCAUACUGGAGAGAAACCCUAUGAAUGUAAUGAAUGUGGGAAAGCCUUCAUCAGCAACUCAAACCUCAGAGGACACCAGAGAAUUCACACUGGAGAAAAACCCUUUGAGUGUAAUGAAUGUGGGAAGGCAUUCCGUCAGAGCUGUCAUCUUACAGAACAUAAGAGAGUUCACACUGGGAAGAAACCCUUUGCAUGUAAUGAAUGUGGGAAAGCUUUUAGCACCAGUUCAACUCUGAGGAAGCAUCUUUGUAAGCAUCUUUGUAAACUUUAAAACACUAUGAAUAUGUGUGAUGGCAAUGUUGUAAUUAUCAGAUAAGCCAUACUGGAGGAAAACCCUUAUGACUAUGAUUUAAAAAAAAACAAACAAACACACACAAAAAAAAACAAGAUAAAUGAUAGCAUGUAGUUCAUCACUUACCAGACACCAGAUACUUUAUCCUGGAGAGUCAAGAUGUCAUAUUGUUACUAGGUA